ACACUGACUCGCAGAGGUUGGAAAUGAAUCUAUGAAGACAUAAUCUAUUUUUUUGUUGCUCGUACCUGCGUUUCCCCGCUGAAAGGAGAGAUUGGAAGCUCGUUUUGUUUGCGGUCAGAGGAAACUUUAUUUGAAGCAGCUGUCGGAGAGUCGCUGCCGGGUCUGUGAACAUGUCUGCGGAGGAGGCGGACAAAACAACCACCACGGAUGCCAGCGCCGGAGAUGAGGAGGAGGAAUGGCUGUAUGGAGAUGAAUCUGAGAGCAAAGACGAGGAUGAAGAAGCCAAACUCAAUGCUGCUGUCAGUGCACCUGCAGACGCUUCAACAGACGAUGCUGCUGUGGCACACGCUACAGGGAACGGAGUGGCCUCUGAGGCAACUGGUGAAGCAGCAGGGGAGGAUGUUGACACAGACAGCGACAGUGAUGACGACGACGACGAUGUCCGCGUCACCAUUGGAGACAUAAAAACGGGAGCACCACAGUACACACCUUAUGGAGCUCCACCUGUCAAUCUCAACAUAAAAACAACAGGCUCCAGACCUUACGGACAAGUCACCGCAAAGAUGAAAGGAGUGGACCUGGAUGCUCCUGGAAACAUCAAUGGAGUUCCAGUGCUGGAGGUGGACAUGGAGUCUUUUGAAGAGAAACCCUGGAGGAAGCCAGGAGCGGAUCUGUCAGACUACUUUAACUACGGCUUCAAUGAAGAUACAUGGAAAGCUUACUGUGAGAAACAGAAGAGGUUGCGCAUGGGCCUCGAAGUCUCUACUGUCGGCUCAGUGACGAGCAAAAUCACCGUUCAACAAGGUAGGACAGGCAACGAGAAGGACAUGUCCAGUCUGCCUGUUCACACUUCCAAGCCAGACUUCACAUCUCCAGUUAACCUGUACAAGUCUGCCGUCAGUCAGGUCACCAGGAUCUCUCCCCCUCAGUGGACUGGCCCGCCUCCUCAGGACAUGUCCUAUUAUACGAUGAUAAAUACAGACCUCACACAGAAGACAAGCGGUACUAUAGAUGUGAUCGGUGGAGGGACGGCCACCAUCAGCAGGGUUGAGGGGCGACGCAGACACAACUUAGAAGGCAACAAUAUCCAGGUGAUCUCUGAACACUCCACAUCUGACACUGAACCCGCUCCUGCUAAGAUGCCCGCCUUCUUCCCUCCUGGACCACUUCCUCCAAACAUACCUCCGCCCCCUUUCCUCCCUCCACCUCCCAACGUCAGCAAUGCACCGCCGCUCAUCCCCCCGCCUAGGCUACCCAUCACUGUCCCUCCACCUGGUUUUCCUCCUCCACCUAGUGGGCCCCCUCCUGCUAUCAUUCCCACCAUGGACAGUGGCCACCCUGGAAGUUACGACGGCCGCUCUGUGCCCCCGUACCCGUUCCCUCAAGGUGCAUACCCACCACCCAUGGCUGGAGGUGUGCCCCCUCCUUGGCCCCCGAUGAUGGACAACUCUAAGCCCUGGGAUUACUAUUCCCGUCGAGACGACAAGAGAGACAAGGAAAGAGAAAGGCCCAGGGAGAGGACGCAUGAGCGGGAGAGAGAGCGGGAGCACAGCCCCUCAGCAAUGGGCUACACCAGUGAAGAGGAGCGAUAUCGUUACCGUGAGUACCAGGAGCGUGGUUACGGAGAGCGCCAUCGUGACCGGACGAGCAGAGAGAAGGAGGAGAGACACAGAGAAAGGCGGCACCGGGAGAAAGAGGAAGGACGUCACAAGUCGUCUCGCAGCAGCAGUAGCAGAAGGAGGCACGACAGCGAGGAGGGCGACAGCCACCGAAGGCACAAACACAAGAAGAGCAAGAGGAGCAAAGAGGGCAAAGAGGCGAGCGAGGAGAUCAGCGCAGACCAAGGGAACCAGGAGGCCAUGGAGUGAUUGCAGCCUUUCCUCUCUAUUGUUCUCUUUCUGUCUCCGUCUGUCCCUCCAUCUCAGGAGAUGAGCGUAGACCCACAAAACUAGGAAGUCACUGAGUGAUUGAUGCGUCCUGUCACUCCCCUCUCCAUCAAUCUCCAUUCUCCUCCAUCCUGCUGCUGUUAACCCUCACCAUCGCAUCAGUAGGAGAAUGGAUGCAGCAGAGGAGGUGGUGAAGGAGGGAUGGACGUCCUUUCACUUAAUCCAUCUUUCCUUCACUAGCUGACAUCAGACAGGGCAUCAAUCUGUCUUCAGCCCCUCUCCUCCCUCUCUCCCCGCCCCCCUCGGAUUCUCCUCUCAGAGCAUUGCCGUAACAAUUAGGUCACACUCAGAGAUUUUGUUGCCUCUUGUUUCACGGUAUAGAUGAUCAGCAGCAUUUGAUCUUUUUCUUUGUUUGUUUGUUGCCCUUUUUGUUCUUGUCCAUUAUGAAGACAUCUAUAGAAAGCUGUCAGUUUGUGAAAUUCAAUUAAAAAACACUUUUGAUAA